AGGGGGGACUCGUUUCAUUCCGGACUGUUUUUGCGGACGUACACGCGACUGCCUCUUGGCCGAAGCAGUAGUCUGAGACGCGUGACCGAGAGGAGACUGUUGUUGCUUUAGUUUGAGUAAAAUGGUUGACUGGAGUCCCAUAGCGAAGGUGUAUGACCCGCUUAAAGCUGGCAGCAUCGACGGCACGGACGUGGAGCCGCAUGAUCGGGCGGUGUGGAGGGCGAUCGGGGCCCGCUACAAGCCCAACAAGGGUGUAGUCGGGGACUCGCUGCUCACUCUCUACGUGGCUCGCCUGAACCCCCAGACCACCGAGGACAAGCUGCUCCAAGUGUUCUCUAAGUACGGAGACAUCCAGCGGCUCCGGCUGGUCCGGGACAUCGUCACGGGCGUCUCCAAGGGAUACGCCUUCAUUGAAUACAAGGAGGAGCGCUCCAUUGUGCGGGCCCGCCGGGACGCCAACAAACUGCUGGUGGAGCAGCACGAGCUGUUCGUGGACUUUGAACAGGAGAGGACUCUGAAGGGAUGGGUCCCGCGGCGGCUCGGUGGAGGACAGGGAGGGAAGAAGGAGUCCGGCCAGCUGCGGUUCGGAGGCAGGGACAGGCCCUUCCGGAAACCCAUUCACCUCGGGGUCGGUCUGGUGCAGGAAUGGGGAGGUGGUGGUGGUGGUGGAGGAGGAGGAGGCAGGGAGUGGGACAGACCAGGGGCGAGAGGCAGGGAGGACCGGGACCGACACAGAGAUGCUGAGUGGGGCAGCAGAGGGAGGAGAGAUGACCGGGACAAAGGCAGAGAGAGGGACGACCGCCGAUACCGGGACAGGAGCAGGCACCGGGACACGAGGUGAUACCACCGGAAGUCGUGUCACUCGCCUGGUUCAGCUGAAGCCUGUGGCAGAUGUUUUAAUGUACACUCCAGCUGUUGCAGCUCCUCGUAUGGACGCAUGUUAAGCCAAGAACGCAGUGAAGGAAAGUGUUGAGGCUUGUGAGUUGCACAUGUUAGUGCUGGUCCAUGGUAAGAACCGGUAUUACAGUAACAAAGGAGUACCAACGUAUAUCUCAGAGAUAUCUGACUCACUAGUCUUUUGUGGUGUGCAUUGAGCAGUAAAAACUAUCUUCAUAUUGACUUUUUUAAUUUCACUGUUCAUUACAGUGAUUAACCUUACAAUUUUGAUGUUGUCCAGCCAAGUGAAGCUCCUCAGCUUUAAAAAAGCAGAAACCACCACCAAAUGGACAAAAUGCAUUCAUUGAUGUUACACUUGUAGACAACUACACAAGUGCCUGUAGAUCAGAAUAAACCUAUUACACAAAUUUUCUCUCCUGCAGAAUCUGAGAUGUAUUGUGGUUCCAAAAGGUCGCCUGGAAAACAGUAAAGCAUUUCUAUUUCA